GCACGAUCGAGCCAGCUGUCGAAUACCGCACCGCCCACCCGUAGCCGACGCCCCCACGUCAGGGUCAGUUUGGCACCCCAUCGCCCGAAAUCACCUUUCGAACCGGUCUGGCGUGUCGCCAUAUCGACCUCGUGUCGGUCUUCCGCUGUGUUUCGCUGACUUCCUCGCUUCGUCUUGCCAUCUUUUCUUACGUGGCUAUCAGGCAGCACAUCAUCACACUCCCAUCGACAUCACUGCAUCACCGCUAUUCAUCGCAGACCCUCAAAGUGCCUCACGCAACAAGAGACCGGGAGCCAACGCCCGACCCCGAAUCGGAGAUGGCGAUUGAGAUGCCUCGCGGUACGUCGGGGCACACCGCCAACGAGAGACAUGACGACGAAGACGACGCAGACACAGACAUAGAUGACGGUUCUAGCGAUACAUCGUCGGUACUGACGGAGAUCCACUCGGAUGAUAUCCCGUCGUACUUUGAAGAGCGCGAUGAGAGGCUUUUCCUUUCAAGCUUCCAUUCUCAUGGUAAUUACCCCUUGCCCGUCGACGCAAGAGAGCAAGAGAGGUUGACAUGGCAGCACCGUACGCUGCAUGCCCUGAUCGGGGAGCACUACGUAGGCCCAGUCGAUGUUGUCCUAGACACAGACCAGGACGACAGGCGGAAGAGGGUGCUGGAUUUAGGUACGGGGACGGGCUGUUGGGCCCUAGACAUGGCGCAACAGUUCCCCUCUGCCCGGUUCAAUGCCAUCGACAUUGUACCUAUCCAAACACGCCACCCUCCCAACAAUGUGCAUUUCGAAAUGCACGACAUCACACAAGGAUUCCGCUGGGCGUCAGGCACUAUGGACGUUGUCCACGCGAGGUCCAUCAUGCUCGCUGUGCACGACUACGGCGGCUUCCUAAGCGAGAUCGCACGCGUCCUCCGGCCCGGCGGACUCUUCCUGGCGGGCGAACUCGAGCACAGUGUCAGUUUCGAGCGCGGGAUCCCGCCCAGCAACGGGACACAGGGCAUGGAUCGCUUCUUCACCGUCGUUAACAACGUACUUGGGGAGCGUGGGUUUGUUCAGACCGGAGCGCAUAUCCCGGAAUGGCUACACCGUACGCGCACGAGCGAUGGCCGCCCGGCGUUCACGGAGAUUCAUGUACAGCAGUAUCACGUACCCAUCGGGGGCUGGCGCGCUACCAAUGAGCGCGAGCGCAAGAUGGGCAGGGACUGGCGGAAUGCCAUGGAGAGGUAUGGAGACAGCGUCAAGCCCAUGCUGCUCAGCGAGGCAUCUAUGGAUGCGCACGCUGUGGACGAGCUCGUGCAGGAGUACAAGGAUGACCUGAGCAUGAAUGGAAUGUUCAGCGUAUACAACGCCGUUUGGGCCAUCCGCGCAAAUUGAGGCUCUGGGUUGCUGUCAGGACCUAGUUCUGCCUCAUCCAAGCAUCCAAGCCUAGUGACGACCGCAGCAUAUAUGCUAGUUUCUUGAUUAAAACAGAUUGUUAUCUUGCUUUGUAGUGCUUUCGUAUUGCUUUCGUUUACAUGUCCUGUCGUUGCUGCUUUCGUACUAUCGUUUAUAAAAUCCUGUCGUUACUGUGUUUGUG